AAGCAGACGCAUUCGCUAUAAUUUGUUUUGCUAAGUUUAUGUGUUUUAUUGUGUGACUAAACUGAUUUUAUUGUUUCCAAAAUGGAUGACAAAGACAAAUUAAUCAAUCUCGAUGAUAAUUCUUUCUCGAGUGACGACGAAGAAGUAAUCAAAAAACCUCAACAACAACAAUCCCUGUCCAGUUUACCUGCUAUAAACUCCAAUGAAAUAGAAGCGUCUACAAGUCAAAGUCAGCCAGUUUUUGAAAAAGGGACUUUUGAUAAUGCCAUAGAUGUUCCGCCCUUAUUAGAUAUUAAUGCUGAAGCUCCAGAGAUAAGCGAAGACAUUACGACGCAACAGAUCAGCAGCAACAAUCUCAACCAUAACCAUAACCACAACCAUGUCCAACAUGAUCCCGAGCCUGUAUUCCAUGUGCGAUCGCGAACUUCGGCGGCACAAGCUGGGAAUAAUCACCAGGCACACAUUCAAUAUGAGAGUCUGGACUAUGAUGUGUGCGAUAACACGCUGUUCCAGGAUGAGCAACGCAAGCGGUUGAGAGAUCGCUUCUCGCUGCGAACUCACGUCAUACGCUGGAUUAUCUUUAUACUCAUUGGCAUCAUAACCGCACUGAUAGCCAGCUCCAUUGAUAUUAUCAUCGAGGAGCUGUCGGAAAUUAAGUACAAGUUUCUCAAGCAAUCUGUGGAUGACAAUGUGCCGAUGACAGACAGGAAUGGGGAUCUGGCGUUGCCUUUCCUUUGGUGGAUACUGCUUAGCAUUGUGCCGGUAGCCAUUGGGGCCACCAUGGUGACCUAUAUUGAGCCAAUUACCGCCGGCAGUGGCAUUCCCCAGGUGAAGAGUUACCUCAACGGCGUCAAGGUGCCGCGCAUUGUGCGCAUCAAGACGCUGGCGGUGAAGGCGAUCGGUGUCAUCACAUCCGUUGUGGGCGGCCUAGCUGGCGGCAAGGAGGGACCGAUGAUCCAUGCCGGCGCAGUUGUCGCAGCGGGCAUAUCGCAGGGCAAGAGCACAACCUUUAUCAAGGACUUUCACAUCUUCAAAGCCUUUCGUGAUGAUCAUGAGAAGCGUGACUUUGUUCUGGGCGGCGCUGCGGCUGGAGUUUCAGCUGCCUUCGGUGCACCCAUUGGUGGCAUGCUCUUCUCCCUGGAGGAGGCAGCCAGUUUCUGGAAUCAGAAUCUUAUCUGGCGCACAUUGGUGGCAUCGAUCAUCAGCUCAUUUACCCUAAACAUAGUGCUCUCCGCUUAUCACGGCCUGCAGGAUUUCACAUUCACGGGCCUCUUCAAUUUGGGAAAGUUUGACCAGCCGCUGAGCUUUGAAUACUUUGAGCUUCCCCUGUUCAUGCUGCUCGGUGUGACGGGCGGUCUUUUGGGCGCCGCUUGGAACGCAUUGAACAUGCGUAUCAACAAGUUCCGCAAACGUUUUGUACCUUGGAAAGUGGGCAAGGUGUUCGAGGCCAUUCUGGUGGCGAUAUUGGGCGUCACAAUGGCCUGCACCAUGAUCUAUUUCAUCAACGAUUGCCGUCCGCUGGGCAACGAUCCAACUAUUCAUCCAGUGCAGCUGUUUUGCGAGGAUAACGAAUACAAUGCAGUGGCGGCUCUCUGGUUCCAGACUCCCGAGGCAACUGUGCGCGCUCUAUUCCAUGAUCCUCCAGGCUCACACAAAAUACUCACGCUUGCCAUGUUCACACUCGUCUACUAUGUGCUGUCGUGUGCCACCUUUGGCCUCAACGUCUCCCUGGGUGUCUUUAUACCUACGGCACUGGUGGGCGCUGCCUGGGGACGACUCGUUGCCAUGUUGUUGUUUUAUGUGUUUCCCGCUGCGCAAUUCUUGCAUCCUGGCAAGUAUGCGCUCAUUGGCGCCGCUGCCAAUUUGGGCGGUGUGCUUCGCAUGACCAUCAGCUUGUCGGUCAUCCUGAUGGAGACGACGGGCAUUGAGACAUCAUUCUUUUUCCCACUGAUCAUAGCACUGAUUAGCGCCAAAUGGGUGGGAGAUUACUUCAAUGACGGCAUCUACGACACAGUUAUCGAGGUGAACAAUGUGCCCAUGCUGCCUUGGGAGCCAUUGCCACAAUACAAAGGACUCACUGCAAACGAGAUAUUGAGUAAACCUGUUGUCUGCAUCAAGCUGGUUGACAGCGCCCAUUACAUCUAUGAAAUGCUUCGAAGAUGCAAUCACAAUGGAUUCCCAGUUGUGGAUAAUGUUGUGGAUGAUCGUCGUUCUGAGGGUCGUGUCUGUGGCAUUAUAUUGCGCUCCCAACUGAUAGUCAUACUGCUCAAGUCGUUGUAUGUGGAGAAUAAACGUUUUUGGCUGCCAGAAACAACAAUCCAGACAUUUCGGGAUGUGUAUCCGCGUUAUCCUUCUAUUAAGAGCGUGCGUCCAUUGGACAGAAAAAUCAAUUACACCGUGGAUCUAUCCACGUUCAUGAAUCCAUCUCCAGUACGCGUCAAUAUGCAUGAUUCCGUGCCCAAAAUCUUUAAUAUCUUCCGUGCCUUGGGACUGCGUCAUAUGCUGGUCAUCAACAAUGAGAAUCGCAUUGCCGGCAUUAUAACGCGACGUGAUUUCAUCUACAAGUGAUAUUUGGACAGACUAUAUUGAAGCCAGCUAUUUAUAUCUAUAUGUAUUAUUCGAAUAUUUCUAUAUGUGUAUGUCAAAAUAUGUAAAAUACAGGAAAUUGUUUCUUAAACAAA